AUGCCGUCUACAACGUGGGCCCCGCCCGCCAAUGCACGCCUGUCUUCCGCGAGCACCACUGGGAAUCUCAUGUGCAAAGGAAGAUGGUACCCGUGCCGAGGCGCGUCCUUCAAGAACCUUCAUUCUCUGCUGUCGCUGGCCAUCCCGUCCAGCGUUGGGCUACUUUUCAAUAACUCCUUGCGGCUCUGGUUGGAAGGACGGUGGAUGGGCACUUGUGGACUGGCUCCAGGGUGGGCAAUGAAGAACGGGGACUUUGGUGGUGGAAAUCCCAGAUGCGUCUACUCAAUUGCUACACAUUCACAUAUUCCGACGCCUGGACUUUUCCCUAUCAUCCGAGCCCUGUUCUUCUCGAGUAACAGCUUUCCCGACCAAUUGUCCUAUCCUUCUAUCAUGCCCCGCCAUUCCAGAAACACCAAGCGGCCCCGUUAUAUCCUCUUCCUCGUCCUACAUGCUAUGUACAGCUUCCGCAUCUCGUUCGCUGCUGCGGGACCGAAUCACGAGUACGAACCGACUUAUGGUCAUCACAGGAGAACGGCACCCGGCUCGUUUACCACCGACACUGUCGCUUUCUGUCUGCCGACACGAAUACCACCAACUCGACCUUUUUCCAUCUCCAAGCUUCUUAUGCAUCUCCAAACGAUUUCCCCGACAUUCACAUGGCGACUCCAUUAUGUGGUCGCGGCGCGAUUAUAUGUAGUCAUUACAGACCUCACUUAUUCCUUCCUCCUCUCCGCGACCAUAUCUCCGCAUCCAGCGUUCCUCCAGCUCUCACACUCCUCCUCCAGCACAAUAGAGGUCGCAAAUGCAUCAAUCGACAAUAACGGGGCCCAAAGUCGGCAUUCUUGCCUUAUCUCAAGCGUCAUAUUGCAAAAACAGCAUAUAUCGCUUUCCGCGGGUGUUCUCCUUAUAGGUCACUCGCAACGACUGGCCCGUACACAAUACCAUGCUCCUGCAUUGCCCGCCCGGGCUCACAGGCGAAAUUGGUAG